ACGUAUCUAUCACGAUGGGACAGGAUAGUAGUAUAAAAAGGCGAUAUGAAAAAUAGUUUUCCAUCACGCUCGCCCCUUUCGUGAUCUGAAGUCGUGAAUUCACUGUCCGACGAUUUGAUUAAGUUAAAUCAGAAUGGCGUUUGACAAAACACUUUUGUUCGUGGCCAUCUCCCUGACGUUGUCCAGUUGCUGGAUCCACUCGGCCAGAGCCAAUCCCGUCCCGACAGAAGACGACAAUCAAUUAGAUCGGGAUGAUAGUUUCAAAGCUGGAAAACCAUUGACGGAAGAAGAAUUUAAUAGUGGAGCUACUGGAAACAAAGGAGCUUCUAUGAACAACCGGCCAUGGGAACAUCAACAAGGCGGUGACGUGCCCCCCAGUAAUGGAAAUAAAAAGAACGGAGACGUCAAAUGGCCGGGUGGACGAAUUCCCUACGUCAUAUCAAGCGAUUUCUCGCCUGAAGAACGAAAAGUAAUCGGUUCCGGUAUAGUAGACUAUCACAAACAAACCUGCCUCCGCUUCGUACCCCGCAAAUCGGAAAGCGAUUAUCUCAAAAUCAUCAGGAGCAAGGAAUCCAAAAAUGGAUGGUCUGCUUAUCCCGGCUGCUGGGCGCAGAAAGGAAAUGUGGGUGGCGCACAAGAGUUGAGUCUCGACAACGGAUGCGUUUACAAAUCGACUGUCAUUCACGAACUGAUGCACGCCGUCGGAUUCGAUCACGAACAAGAGCGCCCUGACCAAAGUCGUUACAUCACCGUGAAUUACAAAAACAUCAAGCCAGAGAAUCACCAGUGGUUCACCCCUAAACCGAGAGACGCAGUCAACACUAUCGGACAAUACGAUAUCAACUCGGUGAUGCAUUAUGAAGCUUAUGCCUUUGCCACUGACAGGUCCAUUCCGACAAUGGUAGCCAAAAAUGGGAAAAAGAACAUGGGGAAUGAAAAUGGAUUUAGUACGUCGGACGUACAAAAACUCAACACGCUGUACAGCUGUUCUGGUUAAUCAAGGAGGGACUGCGCAGACAUUUAAAGCAACGAAAUAGAUUUGUGUCUGACGUUGUGUAACCGGAGAAAAUUCAGUUGAUGUCCAACUGCCUUCCUACUGGCGAUGACUUUCAUUUGUGAACUAUCAAUAAAAGUGUGCAGAAUAUAGUAA